AAUGCGGUCUAGUUAUGGUAACACACGAUUAGUCUUUAUAUAUUAAUACUUAGUUGAGAAGAAUUAGCGUCGCCUCGCUUCGUCCUCCCAAAUGAAGCUUCUCCUCCGCCCUGAUCCUGUUCUGAUGGUCGUCUCCGCCUGUAGCCUACUCCUCUGCAGCCGCGGCAGGAUCGCCAUAACGUCCGCUUUCUUCCUCUCCCUCUUCCUCCCUGCCCUCUCCCAGCCCUCGGCCGCCUCCGCCACAAACCCCUCGAGCUUUCGUUCCUACGUUUUCUCCUCCUUCUACAGCGACAGCGUCUCCGAACUCCGCUUCUUCGGGAACGCCGGCUACAAUAUGGGCGCCCUCCAGCUCACCCCAGACUCCAGCAACCCUUCCUUCAACCUCGCCAACAAAGCCGGCCGCGUCUUCCUCAACUGCGCCUUCAAGCUCCGGGAGGACAACGGCGCCGCCGCCAACGCCUCCAGGCACGUGGCGUCCUUCAACACCUCCUUUACCUUCAACAUAUUCAACAAUCUCACCAAGCCAGGCGAAGGCCUUGCCUUCCUCAUCGCUUCCUCCCUCGACGGCCCGCCGCCCGGCAGCGAGGGGCCCUUCCUUGGCCUCACCAACGCGACCCUAAAUGGCCACCCUGAUAACCACUUUGUCGCCAUCGAGCUGGACACCGUCAUGAACACCAACCUGAGCGACCCGAACGACAAUCACGUCGGCCUCGAUGUUAACGGCGUUGUCUCAAACACCACGACCAACCUGACGUCGCUCGGCAUCCAGAUCGCCCCCGUCAAUGCGACCAACUACUCGGUGUGGAUUGACUACGACGGUGGCGCGCGCGACAUCCGGGUGCAUAUAGCUGUCUUCAACGAGUCAAAGCCGGCGGUUCCGGCUCUGCACGCGCCGCUGGAUCUUAGCGAGUACCUGAAUCAGCAAUCCUACUUCGGCUUCGCGGCGUCUACGGGGGAUACUUACCAACUCAACUGCGUGCUGGCGUGGAAUCUGACGGUGGAGAUCUUGCCGGAUAGGGACAACGACGGUCUCUCGAGGUGGAAGAUGGGGGCGUUGAUUGGCGGGGCAGCAGCAGCAGCAGCGUUGACGGUGGGUGUGGCGGCGGGGGUGUUCAUGAGGCGGAGGAGGGGCGUGGACCAGAGCGCAGUGGUGGCGUCGACGCUCAAGAGUCUGCCGGGGACGCCGAGGAAGUUCGAGUUCAGGGAGCUGCGGAGGGCGACGAGGAACUUCGACGAAAAGAUGAAACUGGGGCAGGGUGGCUUCGGGGUGGUCUACCGGGGGAUUCUGCAAGAGGAGAACCGCGACGUCGCGGUGAAGAAGUUCUCCAGGGGAAGCAGCGGCACCGACGACUUCCUCAAGGAGCUCACUAUCAUCAACCGCCUCCGUCACAAGCAUCUCGUCCCCCUCGUCGGGUGGUGUCACGAAAAGGGAAUUCUGCUUCUGGUCUACGAGUACAUGCCGAACGGCAGCCUGGAUCAACACCUCUACGGCGGCGGCGACGGGCGGCCUCUCUUGGGUUGGGAACGGCGGUACAACAUCGUGGCCGGAGUGGCCUCGGCCCUGCACUACCUCCACGACGAGUACGAGCAGCGCGUGAUCCAUCGGGACCUCAAGUCCUCCAACGUCAUGCUGGACGUCGGUUUCGGCGCGCGCCUCGGCGACUUCGGCCUCGCGCGCGCGCUGGAGACCGACAAGACCUCGUACGCCGAGCUGGAGCUGGGCGGAAUCCCCGGCACGCUCGGCUACAUCGCCCCCGAGUGCUUCCACACCGGCAAGGCCACGCGCACCUCCGACGUCUUCGGCUUCGGUGCCGUCGUCCUCGAGGUCGUCUGCGGUCGCCGCCCCCGCAGCGACAACGCCCAGCUACUCUCCGACUGGGUCUGGAAGCUCCACGGCGACGGCCGCAUCCUCAACGCCGUCGACCCGCGCCUCGUCCCCGAGUUCGACGCCGAGGACGCCAAGCGCCUCCUCCUCCUCGGCCUAGCCUGCAGCCACCCAAUCGCCGCCGAACGCCCUAAGGCAGACGCCAUCGUCCAGAUCCUCUCCCGCUCGGUGCCUCCCCCGACCUUGCCGGCUAUCAAGCCCUCCUUCGUCUGGCCAUCCGACCCAGUCGACGACGACGACGACGAAGAGGAGGCGGCGCGGCGGCUGAGCAGGGCGCCGAUUAGCAUGAGCGUUACGUCGUCCGACUAUACGUCAUCAUCCGGGUACGCCACCUCGCAAUACCUCAGCAGAUAUGGAGUUUCCUCCUAAGUCCAAUCGACCAUUGAGACAAAAUCAAAGAAGAAGACCUGGAAGUCAUCGCAGCAAAUUAAACAAAUUAAUGGAAGAAGAAAUCAACGAACAAGUUGGAUCAUUAUUGCUUUCAGCGAUAACGACUCUGAUCAUACGAGUCUUGUAACUCACCUUCUCCUCUCUCUUCAGGGUUAGGAUUGGUUUGGUUGUCCUACUUCAUCUGCAUCGCAUCUAGAAAUAAACGACUUCAUUUAAUUUACUUUCCUGUCGUAUACUUGGACUGUGUAAUGACAUGCUUGUACAAAAGUCAAAGUCAAUAUCUUAUGUUAUUA